GGACCUUCCGAGGAAUCUGUAAACAAAUCAACCAUUUUCCGGAAGAUGGCGACUAUGAACAGGAUGCGGCGGAAUACCUCCUGCGUGCCGUGAGGGCAUCCAGCAUCUUCCCCAUCCUGAGCGUGGGUCUUCUGUUCUUCGGGGGCUUGUGUGUGGCGGCCAGUGAGUUCUACAAGAGCAAACUCAACGUCAUCCUGAGCGCCGGGAUCUUUUUCGUGUCGGCAGGACUGAGCAACAUCAUCGGGAUUAUCGUUUACAUCUCGGCCAACGCUGGGGAUCCCGGGCAGAGCGACUCCAAGAAGAGCUACUCCUACGGCUGGUCCUUCUACUUCGGGGCCUUAUCCUUCAUCAUCGCCGAGAUGGUGGGAGUCAUCGCCGUCCACAUGUACAUUGAGAGGCACCGCCAGAUCCGAGCCAAGUCCCACUCGGUGGCGCUGCUGAAGAAGUCCACCUUCGCCCGCCUGCCCACCUACCGCUACCGCUUCCGGAGGAGAUCCAGCUCCCGCUCCACGGAGCCCCGGUCGCGGGACCUCUCCCCCAUCGGCAAGGGCUUCACCACCAUCCCCUCCACCGACAUCUCCAUGUUCACCUUGUCCCGGGACCCCUCCAAGGUGACUAUCGGGACCCUGCUCAACUCCGAGAGGGAUCACGGGUUUUUACAGAUUCACAACUCCCUCCCCAAAGAGUUCAAGGAGUCGCUGCACAACAACCCCGCCAGCCGACGAACCACUCCCGUCUGA